GUUCGUGCGGUCGUGCCUAGUCUAGUCUAGCCCCGACCGUAAAGACCUUUCCGCCAUUGGGUUCGCUGGCCAGAUCUCUGCCCCGUCCUCUCUCGUCGUCGCGCAUUCGGGAAGUCAUCGAGGAGAAAGAGGGGGACAAGGAGGAGCAGACGGCGAGGGGAUGGGGCGGGAGGUGGCGGAGAGCUGCGUCGACGGGGUGGUGAUGGAGAUGGUGGCGGCCUACUGCGGCCGCUUCUACGCCGCCAAGCCGGAGCUCGCCGCCCGCCGCAUCGAGGCCAUCGGCUUCCAGGUUGGCCACCAGCUAUCCGAGAGAUAUACCAUGGAGCGCCCUCGAUUUAGUGAUCAUCUCGAAGCAAUCAAAUUUAUCUGCAAAGACUUUUGGUCAGAGCUGUUCAAGAAACAGAUUGACAAUCUGAAAACAAAUCAUAGGGGUACCUUUGUCCUUCAAGAUAACCGUUUCCGGUGGCUUACUCGUGUUUCUCUAGAUCCAUCUGCAGAGAGCACGGAAGCAACUGACAAUGACUCUGCACCAAUUGGUGAUACUGCAGCCCAAACAACAAGCAUGCUUUUGUAUUUUCCAUGCGGGUUGAUAAGAGGUGCCUUGACCAACUUAGGAAUUUCGUGUUCUGUCUCUGCGGACAUGUCAAACCUUCCAGCAUGUUCGUUUGUGGUGCGCAUAAAGACAUGAACUGUGCGAAAUGAUACAAGUACAAUUAUAAGUGCCUGAUUGUGGUUGAAGUCGUUUGAACAUUGAGAGCGGGGUUCGAACAUGCAUUAGAUUGUAUUGUAGUGAUACAUUUAGCCAGGGAAAUACUCUAUUUAGCUGGUAAUUUUUCUCUGGUCGCAACCUGUUUUCAUCCUCAUUAAAUUACCUCCUACCCCUUUAUAAUCAUAUUCCAGAGAUUGGGCGCAAUUAUGUGUUGCAUGACAAAAGGCAUUUUCUAUGGAAUAGUCGAUGCAGCUUUGUAAAACUUCCAUCUACAAAAGUGGAUCAAUUUCACGUUCCUUUUGUGUA